ACAAAGCUGCCAUGCAACUUAUUAAACUCUAGUGCGGUUGAUUUGGCAGUGGAGCAAUUCCAUUCAGCAGUAGAAAUAUUCUCGAACGAAAGGGCAUUUAACGGUACUGCGAUGAACGACAGGACGGCGGUGCGACAUCGGUUGCGGAUAUUUUACGCAUUGCUUUGUGUAAAUAGUGUUUUCGCAUUCCCCGAGCAGGGUAAAUGGGACCUAGUGUUAACAAAGCGAAACACGUAUAUUCCAAUACCGAAAUCACUUUACGACGGGUUUAGUAUUUACGUGCAGGUAACUUGCGAACCGGCGCUCUCCCAGCCAAAUAGCAAUGCGGAAACACGUGUAAAUAUAUCCUGGAGCCUACGAGAGUUGAAGUGUUGGCAAGAAUAUGUUAGCUAUUCCUACCUUUUGCAAGAUGAGCGUUUCCCGACGAGAAACAAUGUAACGCAGAUUGAUUCCACAGUGUACCCGAAUGUAUGCAGCAAUGAUCGGCACAUCGUAAUUCCGGAAACAAAAUUUGCUGAAGCCAGUCAUCCAGCUUCUGCACCAUCUCGACGCAGCAUUGGAGCAUUAAGCAGCGAACAACAACCGGUAUUUACGGUCUCCAAGGAUGGACUAUACAUCUUUAUCCUGCGUAUUGAACCAGGGGACAAAGAAGGCGCACGGUCCAACGGUGAGUUGGAGAUGUUUGGAGAGUACACGGCGAGUGUGCAUGUGGAAAUCAGACGUUCAAGCGGUUACUUAUCUGCAGUGGAUUGGCCACUGCUACCGUUCUACGGUGCGAUGUGUUUGGUUUAUGUUCUACUGGGUAUUGUUUGGUUGACCGUGUCUUUCUUGCAAUGGAGAGAUUUGCUUCGCAUACAGUUCUGGAUUGGAGGUGUAAUUCUGCUGGGAAUGUUGGAAAAGGCCAUGUUCUACGGUGAGUAUCAGAGCAUCAAUUCUACCGGAGUGUCCGUGAAAGGCAUGGUACUGUUAGCGGAAUGGGUUUCCUGUGGGAAGCGAACAUUGGCCCGUAUGCUUGUCAUCAUUGUGUCUCUGGGUUUUGGAAUAGUGAAACCCCGGUUAGGACCAAUGCUGCAUCGGGUGGUAGGUACAGGUGUGCUGUACUUGGUACUGGCAUGCGUAGAAAGCUAUCUGCGCAUCAUGCACACGAAAAAUGACCCGAGUAAUCAAAUACUUGUCGCCAGCAUACCGCUCGCCGUACUAGACUCGGCCAUCUGUUGGUGGAUAUUCACCUCGCUCGUCCAGACAACUCGCACUUUGCGUCUCCGACGAAACAUGGUGAAGCUCUCUUUGUAUAGACACUUCACCAACACUCUCAUAUUUGCCGUGCUAGCUUCCGUCGUGUUCAUGCUGUACUCCAUAAAGGUACACCGGUUUGCGGAUUGUUUAACGGAUUGGAAAGAGCUGUGGGUCGAUGAUGCCUUCUGGCAUGUACUGUUUUCCACCUUGCUGCUCGUGAUUAUGAUCCUUUGGCGACCCACUAACAAUAACCAACGUUAUGCAUUCACGCCACUUCUCGAUAAUCCGGAAGAUGAAGACGACGAGGAAGAAGAGCAAUUCAUUUCUGACGCGUAUGGUGUGAAAAUGCGUGGAGCACGCAGCAAUUCUCCAAAACCGAACGCUAAAAGUCCCACCACGGACGAGGAAAAUUUAAAAUGGGUCGAAGAUAACAUCCCGGCCGCUAUCGCGGACGCGGCUCUUCCUGUGUUGGAUUCGGACGAGGAAAUCAUCAACACCAAGUUUGAGGUGUCCAAAAUGCAAUGAAAUGACACGCGUGCUGCAUCAACCAUCCUAUGUUAUAUAGUAUAUAGUAAUAUAAGCUUGCCAGGUAAUAACGAAACAUUCGAUCGAUCAUUGGAAAUUGAGUUCUGGCUCUGCUCGCUUACAUACUAGGAAUACAUACGUACGUGUAUGAGCAGGAUAUCUUCUAAUCAGCAUUACACAGAGAAUGUGCUCUCUCAUGUGAGUUUUGGGCUGUAUUCAUUGAGGGAAAUACUUCGCGUGAUACUACUUCGAACGGCACUAGUCAAAACAAACGUUUUACAGCAAACGGACAACAACAUUGUAUGAAGACGGACAGCGGAAUAUGGCACUUGACAGAAGACAUGCUGUGGCAUCAUGGAAGGGAACAUUACGUUCGAAUUGUGAUUGUGAGUACUUUUCUUCGCUCAAGCUAGAUUGGUUUUGCAUUAUGGAACCCAUGUUUUUGCACUAACCCCUACAGAAGUCUGAUUUGUUUUUUCGACUGUUCGAUUUAAGCCAACUUUCUUGGUUGAAUUUAAUGAUUGUGUUUUAACACUGUUUUGUUUUCGGUAAUUCAGAGCUGCUUCUUCCGACCCGAACGAUUAUGUGCGUGCGUGUGUGUGUAUGUGCCGUAUCGUUUCGUUAGCAGACUGGAAAGACUGUAACAAACCAAACCAUGGUACAGUAUCUUGAGAUAUUAUAGAUUCCUAGCUGCGUGUACCCUAUACACGUGUGCAUCAUUUUUUGGGCCAAUGGAACCCUCGUACUGUCUUUAGGUGUUAGUAAGAUAACACAUAAAGUAAGAUAGAUUAAUAAAAAUACGUACCUUAAU